AUGGAUGAAGCAACCCAAAGACAAGAUCCAAUUGAAGAAACAGAUGCAGAAAAGAAGGUUCAAGUGGUACCAUCGUUAUGGGGUAGAUUAGUUUCCAAUCAUCCAGAGUCAAGACAUAUAGAUUUGAUUGAACAUUCCAUUUUCUUUGGUAGGAAUCCAAAAAGAUGUCAAGUUGUUUUACAUGAUCCAACAGUUAGUGGUAUACAUUGUAGAAUAUUUAGAGAAGAAAUUCCAUGUCAAAAAUAUAAUAACAAUAAUAAUAAUGAUGGUGAUAAUAAUAAUAAUAAUAAUAAUAAUAAUAAUAAUAAUAAUAAUAAUAAUAAUAAUAAUAAUAAUAAUAAUAAUAAUAAUAAUAAUAAUAAUAAUAAUAACAAUAAUACAACAAAGAAUUAUAUUACAAAAAUUACAGAUACAAGCUCAAAUGGUACAUUUGUAAAAGGAUGUAUAUUAGGGAAAGAUAAAACUACAAUAAUUCAAAAUGGAGAUAUGGUAUCAUUUACAUCAGCAAAGUUAAUAAGUUCAUUAUCAUUCACAUUUUUAGAUUUAACCAAUCCAUACAUUGAUGAACCAUUUGAAGAGGAGAUGAAUAAGAAAUACUCCAUUCAGGGUAUAUUGGGUACUGGUAAUUUUAGUGUGGUGAAACGUUGUAUUAGACGUGAUACUGGUGAAGUGUUUGCUGUGAAAAUCAUUGACAAGAAAAAAUUUUGGAGUCAAACAAAGACUCGAAGACAAAUGGAAAGUGAGGUUGAAAUUUUACAGAAGAUCAAACAUCCAAAUAUCAUCUCAAUUAUCGAUAUCGUUCAAUCGGAUCGAUACUUCUACAUUGUAUUGGAAUUGGCAACCGGUGGUGAACUCUUUGAAAAAAUUAAACAAAAGGGUAGAUUCUCUGAACCUGAGGCAAAGGAUACCUUUAAACAAAUCCUAGAGGCCGUAUCAUACCUUCACGAUCUAAAUAUUUCACAUAGAGAUCUUAAACCUGAAAAUAUAUUAAUCUCAGCUGUAAGUCAUGGCAAAUCAUCAGUUAUCAAAGUCACCGAUUUCGGUUUGGCCAAGAUUAUUGGUGAAAAGGAGAUGGCAACAACAUUAUGCGGUACUCCACUCUAUGUUGCACCUGAAAUCAUUAGAAAUUGUCUUCAUGGAGAUGGUGGAGCUCAAGUUAAUACAGGUUAUGGCAAAGAAGUGGAUGUUUGGUCAUUGGGUUGUAUUUUAUAUAUUUUAUUAUCAGGUAGACCACCAUUUGAUUUUGACCAUACUAAUAAUUUCAAUUUGAAACUAAUCAAUCAAGGUCUCUAUAAUUUCAGUUUACCAGUUUGGGAUGUCGUCACUGAGAAUGCAAAAGAUUUAAUUAAGAAAUUAUUAAACGUUGAUCCAACCAAAAGAAUAAGUACUAAAGGUGCUCUAUCACAUGAUUGGUUCAAUGAUGACGACUUAUUAAGAUGCAGCACUGUCAUCGCUAAUCAAUCUCCAAUCUCAAAAUCACCACAACGUUCUCAUGGUGUAGUUCAAUUACCAGUGGUAGAUGUUAAAUCUAAAAAUAUUCCAAUGACUUUAAAUUCAACAACAACUAAUACUACAUCACCAAAUAAUAAUAAUAAUAAUAAUAAUAAUAAUAAUAAUAAAAAUAAUAAUAAAAAUAUUAUUAAAAGUUUAAAUAGUAACAGUAAUAAUUAUAAUAAUAAUAGUGUAUUAAAGAAAACAAGUCAAAGUCCAAAGACUAAAUCUAAUAGACCAAAAUUACAGUUUGAACAACCUUCACCAAAUCAACAUAAUAAUAAUAAUAAUAAUAAUAAUAAUAAUAAUAAUAAUAAUAAUAAUAAUAAUAAUAAUAAUAAUAGCAGUGGUGGUAAACCAGCUAUAAUUAAUAAUAAUGGUAAUUUAUAUUCUAAAUUUAUGGCAACCAAUAAUGAUCCCUUUGAUUGUACACCAACUUCUACACCUGUAAAACCAAUCACAAACUCAACUACAACAUCAACAGCAACAUCAAUGCCUACAUCAAAUUCAGUUACAAUGGGAACUUCUUCAACCUCAAUACCUGUAUCAAAUUCUAUAACAAUGAAAUCUCCAUCAAUUUUAGCAUUGAGUGAUGAUGGUGAUAAAAAGAGAAAAGAAAAAGAAAGCUCAAGUAGUGAAAAUGUGAAUGAUGUAAUUGUAAUUAACAGUAACAAUCAUAAUAAUAAUAAUAAUAAUAACCACAAUAUUAAUAAUGGAAUUUCUAGUAAACCUCCACCCAAAAGAUUAAAGGGUUCUUGA